GGUGUACUCCCCCGAUACUCACUUUGAGCCCUAACUUUGAGGGGUUUGGCUUGCCGAGAAGGGUAAAAUUAGAAAACCCUAAUCUUUGCAAAUAAUGUACGGCGAAUCGAUGCAACAGCUUCCUCCGAUACAAAAUCAACACCAUAUAGGACCCGGACAAGGACCAGGACACGGCGGCGAUUUGCACAGGGGUUCACAGAUGCCUCCUCCGCCCAUGAUGCGGCAGUCGUCUGCUUCUUCCUCUAACAUUAAUCCCGACUACCACCACCCCUCUGCCCCAAACAAUCCCUUCGACCCACAUGACAAUUUUGGGGCGAAACGAAUGAGAAAGCAUACACAGAGAAGGGCUGUUGAUUACACCAGCACCGUUGUCAAAUAUAUUCAGGCUCGGACAUGGCAGCGAGACUCAAGAGAUAGGACCUCUUUGCAACCAACCCCAGCUGCAGCAGUUGAUAUGCUUCCCACUGUUGCCUAUUCAGAUAAUCCUUCAACAAGUUUUGCUGCAAAGUUUGUUCACACAUCUCUAAACAAGAAUCGUUGUUCAAUCAACCGUGUAUUGUGGACACCUUCAGGAAGACGUCUUAUCACUGGCUCCCAAAGUGGGGAGUUUACUCUUUGGAAUGGGCAAUCUUUUAAUUUUGAAAUGAUUCUUCAGGCACAUGAUCAACCUAUAAGAUCAAUGGUAUGGAGCCACAAUGACAAUUAUAUGGUUUCUGGUGAUGAUGGAGGCACAAUAAAGUAUUGGCAGAACAAUAUGAACAAUGUGAAAGCCAAUAAAACUGCUCACAAGGAAUCAAUUCGCGAUUUAAGUUUUUGUAAAACAGAUUUGAAGUUCUGCUCGUGUUCUGAUGAUACGACUGUUAAAGUCUGGGAUUUUGCCAAGUGCCAAGAAGAAUGCUCAUUAACCGGCCAUGGUUGGGAUGUCAAGUGCGUUGACUGGCACCCGACGAAGUCCCUACUAGUUUCUGGUGGAAAAGACCAAAUUGUCAAACUCUGGGAUACUAGAUCUGAGAGAGAGCUUUGCUCACUUCAUGGUCACAAAAACAUAGUGCUUAGUGUGAAGUGGAACCAAAAUGGCAAUUGGCUUUUAACAGCCUCGAAAGAUCAGAUAAUUAAGCUGUAUGAUAUAAGGACUAUGAAGGAGCUUCAGUCCUUUCGUGGGCACACGAAAGAUGUAACAUCUUUGGCGUGGCAUCCCUUUCAUGAGGAAUAUUUUGUCAGUGGGAGCUCUGACGGAUCCAUUUGUCAUUGGGUUGUGGGGCAUGAAAAUCCGCAGAUUGAAAUCCCAAAUGCUCAUGAUAACAGUGUUUGGGAUCUUGCAUGGCAUCCUAUUGGAUAUCUACUUUGCAGUGGUAGCAAUGAUCACACAACCAAGUUUUGGUGCAGAAAUAGGCCUGCAGAUAAUCCUCGAGAUGUCCUUCCUAUGCAGAACCAAGGCUAUAAUGAACAAGGUUUUGGCCGCCAGCCUGAUAAUUUUCAACCAUCUGAGGCAUCGCCAAUCCCUGGAGCAUUUGUUCCCGGGCUGACACGGAAUGAGGGGACCAUCCCAGGAAUCGGAAUAGCAAUGCCAUUUGAUGCAUCCUCUCAAGGGGAACAUAAACAGCCUCUUCCAGGUUCAAUGGCAGUGGGGGCUCCUCCGCUGCCACCUGGUCCCCACCCAUCGCUUCUUGGAAGUGGCCAGCAGCAAGGGUAUCAGCAACAACAACACCACCAAGGCCAUCCCCAGCAAAUGCCUCCAAUGCCUAAUAUGCCUCACCAUCAGCUACCACCAUCAUCUCAUAUGCCAUUGCACCCUCAUCAUCUUCCCAGGCCUAUGCAAAUGCCUCCUCACGGUCACAUGCCACCUUCCUCAAUGCCUAUGUCUCAUCAGAUGCCUGGAUCAAUGGGAAUGCAAGGUGGCAUGAAUCCUCAGAUGUCGCAAAGUCAUUUUAUGGGUGCUCCUUCAGGAGUAUUUCAAGGACCACCAAGCAGUGGUGGACCCCAAAUGUAUCCUCAAGGACGUGGUGGUUUCAACCGUCCACAAAUGAGACCUGGCUACAACAACCCUUUCCAACAGCAGCCACAGCCGCCUUUACCUCCGGGCCCUCCACCGAACAACAACAAUCAGCAACAUCAGUAGGCAACUGUUGUAUUAGUACAUAUGUUGUAGACUUGACCACUUCUUUUGAGGAGAUGGUUUCAAGAUGAUUAAACAAUGUGAAAUGCAGAAAUGGUUUUGCUGUCAUGUUUUUUAUUCUUUUAGCUGAACAAGUUACUUUACAGAAGUUUUAGUGACUUUUCGCAUAUCAAAUACUCAGUUUGGUCUCGUUAAGAAACUUCUAAGAAAAAUACUUUCGUUUUGGGGAA